GCGCCUCUGCCAUCCCCCCUCCAUCCAUCACGCCAUGGACCUCACCGACGCAUCCGCAAACUCGACCCAGAGCGACGCUCCUGGACAGAUUCCCAACGAUGGAACUGGCAUCAUCCAGCUCGACGGCUAUCUCGAGCCCUUCAAAGACUCGCUCAAGAGCCGCUUCUCCAAGGCGCAGAAAUGGAUCAAGACAAUUGACGACACAGAGGGCGGCCUGGAAAAGUUCUCGCGCGGUUUCGAGCGGUUUGGCUUCAACGUCCAGCCCAAUGGCGACGUCGUCUACCGCGAAUGGGCUCCCAACGCCCUGCGUGCAUACCUGAUUGGCGACUUCAACAAUUGGGACCGCGACGCGGCGCCCAUGACCAAGAACGACUUUGGCGUCUUUGAGGUGACGGUGCCCGCCCACGACGGCCAGCCCGCCAUUCCCCACGACUCCAAGAUCAAGGUCUCGUUUGUCGUCCCCAACGACCAUGCCCGCCAGGAGCGCCUCCCCGCCUGGAUCACCCGAGUGACGCAGGAGCUCAGCGUCUCCCCCGUAUACGACGCGCGCUUCUGGAACCCUCCGCAAAAGUACGUGUGGAAGAACCAGCGCCCGCCAAAGCCCAAGAGCGCCCGCAUCUACGAGGCCCACGUCGGCAUAUCGUCGCCCGAGCCCAAGGUCGCGACCUACAAGGAGUUUACCCAGAACGUCCUCCCCCGCAUCAAGCACCUGGGAUACAACACGAUACAAUUGAUGGCCAUCAUGGAGCAUGCCUACUAUGCCAGUUUCGGAUACCAGAUCAACAGCUUCUUCGCUGCAAGCAGUCGAUAUGGCCUUCCAGACGACCUAAAGGAGCUCAUUGACACGGCCCACGGCAUGGGCAUCACAGUGCUGCUGGACAUGGUCCACAGUCACGCAUCUAAGAAUGUGCUUGACGGCCUGAACAUGUUUGACGGCAGCGACCACCUCUACUUCCACGAGGGGCCAAAGGGGCGCCACGACCUAUGGGACAGCAGGCUGUUCAACUACGGCCACCACGAGGUUCUGCGCUUCCUGCUGAGCAACCUGCGCUUCUGGAUGGAGGAGUACCACUUUGACGGUUUCCGGUUUGACGGAGUCACCAGCAUGCUGUACACCCACCACGGCAUUGGAACGGGCUUCUCGGGCGGCUACCACGAGUAUUUUGGCGAUUCGGUCGACGAAGAAGCCGUCGUCUACCUGAUGCUGGCCAACGAGCUCUUGCACACCAUCUACCCAGACUCCAUCACCAUUGCUGAAGAUGUGUCUGGUAUGCCCGGUCUUUGCGUGCCACUUUCGCUGGGCGGAAUAGGGUUCGACUACCGAUUGGCCAUGGCUGUACCCGACCUCUACAUCAAAUGGCUAAAGGAGAAGCAAGACAUUGACUGGGACAUGGGCCGCCUCGUCUUCACUCUGACCAACCGACGCCAUGGCGAAAAGACGAUUGCCUAUGCAGAGAGCCACGACCAAGCGCUCGUCGGUGACAAGACACUGCUCUUCUGGCUCUGCGAUGCGCAAAUGUACACCAACAUGUCGACGCUCACGGAGCUGACUCCCGUCAUAGACAGGGGUCUGGCGCUGCACAAGAUGAUCCGCUUGGUCACGCACGGUCUUGGAGGCGAAGGCUACCUGAACUUUGAGGGCAAUGAGUUUGGCCACCCAGAGUGGCUCGACUUUCCCCGUGAAGGCAACGGCAACAGCUUCCACUAUGCCCGCCGCCAGUUCAACCUCACAGACGACAACCUCCUCCGCUACAAGUUCCUCAACGAGUUUGACAGCAAGAUGCAAUGGACCGAGGAAAAGUAUGGCUGGCUGCACUCGCCACAGGCCUACGUCAGCCUCAAGCACGAGGGCGACAAGGUCAUUGUAUUUGAGCGCGCCGGCCUGCUCUGGAUCUUCAACUUUCACCCUUCCAACAGCUUCACCGACUACCGCGUCGGCGUUGAGCAGGAGGGAACCUACAGGAUUGUCAUUAGCACCGAUAGCAAGGUAUUCGGCGGCCAUGGCAACAUUGACGAAUCCACCAGGUUCUUCACCACGCCCUUUGCCUGGAACAACCGGAAGAACUUUUUGCAGGUGUACAUUCCCAGCAGGACGGCAAUUGUGCUUGCGCUCGAGAGUACCUUGUAGAUGAUGUUUGAAUGGAUACCUGAUAGAAUUCAAGCUGAGUGUUGCAUGUGCGGCAAUGCAUCGCAUCAAAUAGACUGACUAGAUCUGUUAUGAAUACACUC